AUGGUUAUGGCUAAUAUUCAUUUUAGUCGCCACGAACGUAUCUUAUUAGAAGUAAAAGAGUUAUCUUUUUCCGUGAAAUAUAAUGAUUAUUCAAGAGGAGAAUAUAUUCGAGUUUCUAAUCUCACUCGAAUUCACUAUAUAAAUAUCCACGAUAUCCUAAAAUCGUACUACAAAGUUACUCGAAAAAGGUUUAUUAACAAUAUAUAUAUACAAGCGGCGGAUUACUAUUUAGUCACUAGACCUACCGCACCGAUAAAAUUUUUCUCCCCUUUAUGGGUCUAUAACCUUUCACGUGGACAACUUGACCAAAUUGCUAGGGAGGAAGCAGCUAUCCGAAGGAAGCGUCGCCAGCUACAAAAGUAG